CACACUUUCGCGAUGCCACGGCCGAAGUCGUCGUUGUCGUCAUCGUAUCCGUCGCUCGCCGUUGUCAACUUGUAUAUUGUUAGUGAUCAUCGGCACGUUGCCGCACUCGCGUACAACGGCCACGGACCAAUCGCCCGAUUCGGUUGGCGAUAGUCGACCGAACUUGUCGUUCGACGUGAAUCAGUUUUUAAAUUCAACCGUGGCUACGUGAAAAGAAUUUGAAAUCUCGAGGAUCAAUAGCGAGCGCGUCGUUUGUCAUCGCAGGACUUUCUAAAACCGAUGAGAAUUGGUGGUGAAACGCGCGAUGGGACAUCCACGCAUCAUCGGCGCAUUAAACUGCCGGUACGCGUUUAUACCGCGUAAACGUGCUCGUGUAAUACGUUCGUCAGCUGGUGAUCGUGCCUUUCACUGUAUAAGUGUCGAGCGAGAGAGACGUCGCGACGGUGUUGGAUCGAAGUGAAAAGCAAACGCGAAGUCAAAGUUGGACAGAAAGAGAGAAAAGUUGUGUAGUCAAGUGUCGCGUUGUGUGUGGAGCAAGAGGAAGGAUCUCAGGAGGUGGGGGCCAGUGGUGUAGCGAGGGGACACCAAGUAGUUGACGAUCGCCGCGGUGAAGGAGAAGAGAGAGAAAGAGAAAGAAAUAGAGUGGGAAUAUCGUAGUGGUAGUGGUGGUGGUGGGGAAACGUCAGAGUGUGCGGUCGUGUCCAAGAAAGAGGUGGAGAAGCGAACAGCAACGGGAGAGAGGGCAGCGAACAAACUACCGGGAAGAAGUCAGCGGCAAGUAAAGCAGCGCCGCCGAGGCUAAACUUCAGGAUCUAUCGAACUAAAAUUGUCGUGUAGUUUCUGCCUCCUCUUCUCGCCCCUCCUAACGCAACCUACCUCUCCCUUGACCCCACCAGAGCCCAACACGGUGGCAACGGCAGCAUCUCGGCCGGUUGCGCCCCCUCUGACUCGAGCACCCAUCCCCUCCACAAAACGAAAGCCGAACGAAGAGGGAAGAAAGCGGCGACGGUGGGGCGUCACGAGGGACGAGGAGGGUACGAUCGAGGGAGAAGAAGAGAUCGGAACGUGUUGAGAAAGAGAGAGACCGAGAAACAGAAAGAGGAAAAGGAGAGAAAGAGAGGGAAGAACGGGUAACGAAGUGAGAGGGGGUAGGCAGGGAGCGCGUUAGCUGGCCCCACGGGCGACUCACCAUAUUUUAUUGUCGCGUUUGCCGACGCUAACCGCUGGUGUACGGCUCCGUGCCCGAUCUACGAAGAUGCCGACCUGACUCGGAGAGAAGAGAAGUACACAGAACACUCGGCCUACUAGUAGAGUGCGGUACGAAUUCGCGUGGGUUCGAGGUGCCGGUAGUGGCAUCAUCAGCCACCAGCAGAGGUGGCACCAGCUCCCCCACUACACCGCGCGGCGUGCCGGCCUGGACCCUCCCACCCGUCUCACCGAGGGCAAACCAUCUCGCAAAAAUCGUCCCCCUUUCCAUGGAAGGAAAAGAACUACGGCGACGACUCUGCCACCACCACUGUCGAGCCGACCGUUUCUCGUCACUACCACCACCACCAUCGGCACACUACCAUCGUUAUCGCCAGCGCCACCGUCACUGUACCGCCGCCUCCUCCUACACCGCGAUCAACCGUCAUCUCGGGGAACGAGGAUACCAGAACUUACGGAUUUCGAUUGCGUUGUUCGCUCCUUCGACGAACGCGCUACUUAUAAACCACCGCUGGAUUUACCAUCACCUAUUUACGUUUUCGGUGAUUACCGAUCAAAAUCAGAUGUCAGUGCCGAUUUAAAAAAGUGCGCGUGUGGAUUGAACUCAACGGAUAAUCGAGAUACUUAUCCUUGAUCGAAUCAUUAUCCUUUGUAGCGCGCGCAAAAGAAGUUUCCGCCAAGUUCGAAAGGAGAGAGGGAAGAGUCGUCGCAUGGACACGCGCCCUCCUUGUACCCCCUCUAAACAGUGAAAACAUAUACAUACACACGCGUGUAGACGCACACGCACGCGGAUCACGCAGAGGAGAAGACAGAAGUGCCGGGGCAUUAUACACGUGUGAGCCGCGCCAGUUUGUAGUUACUUGUUUAGAGUGCACGCAUGGAUUUCGUGGUACUGUACAAUCUGUGAGUUAAGAAAAUUCGUAUCGACGAAUUUUCGAUUAACAAAAAAAAAAAAAAAAAAAAAAAAGAAAAUACGAGCUGUUCCGUAACGUCAUUACACGGGGUGCGAAACAAUCCGCCGUGUGGACGUAUUCUACGAGCAAGAGAAGAAAAAAAGAAGAGCGGUGUGCGCGAACAAGUCGAACCUCACCUUUCCUUUUUCACGAACGUCUCUCCGUCACCAUCGCUCGAGUUCUCGACCUACCACUCUCUCCCUCUCUAUCUCUCGUUUCGCCUCUUGUCCGUCCCUCUAGCGCUUCCUCUCGCUCGCUCCUCCCUCUAUUCCGUCUCGCUUUCUCAUUUCCUCUCUUUCUAUAUCACGUUUUCUUCUUCGCACUCACACUUAUGUACCUCCGCCUUCCUAACCGCUGAGCGGAGGACUGGAUUCCGUCGAAAAGAAACGACGAUUCGGAGGAUAGUCGCGACCGAUCAUAGCUGGCGCGUCGAUCGGAUCAACGACGUGAGUUAGCUACACGAGCGAAUCAUCCACCGGCGCGUAUAAUACCCGCAUUCAAGUACCGUGUUAAUACUGUUGUAAUUAGUUUAUGGUUUACCGUUUUCUGCUCGCGAAACAUCGUCUCUAUUACCUGGACAAAACGAUCCUUAUUUUUCGAUCUCGAUCGUACACGGUGGCUAGUGUGAACUGUUCUCGUUGACUUACGGUUGUCAUCGGUCUGUGCUAGUCGUGAACGAGUCCCGAAACCAACAGUGUCAUCUACACGACUGCGUUGCGGUCGAAGCUCGGAAAACUGGUCCCUGCCUCUCUGGUGCCUGCGUCUGUGACAGUGCGAGUGUAUACGACUGAAGACCGCUUUCAGGGUUGAGUACAGUUUGGUACUAGACAGUGCAAUAAAACACGCGCGAGUUACGUAUCUAUAGUGAAAAAUUUCUCUCCGCUUUUUACGCUGUUUUGUCAUUUGUGACUAUAUUUGUACAACUCUAUUUCUUUCUCGUCGCGUGCCACGUGGUGAAAAGAAAGAAAUUAAGAAGGGAUACACGGAGGAAAAAAAAGCAAAAGUGAUAUUUGUUUCGAGUGACUUGGUGAGACUGCAACAGAUGCCACAGUCUGAAAGGAUGAUCGCGUAGCGGCGCCCGACCAUCACGGCCCUGAGUGGCCGACACAUCAUGUCACAGUUCUCUUUUCGAGGAUCACCAAAUCUACAGUGUCCUGUGACAGUGAGCUCGUCGCUGACGUCCUCUGCGGCCUCGCCGGUCUCCGGUACGAUCCUGAGCGCAGGCGGUUCGUCGCUGGUCAGCGUAGCGGGCACCACCACGAAUCAUCCCCUGGGCGUAGCUGCCGGUCUAUCGAACGCGAGGAUGGCGGUGACCAGCGCGGUGGUUAGGCCGCCAGGUAGCCCAACCACGUCGGUCAGCCCGUCGCAGGGUCAUCCGCCACCGACGACCGGCGGCCCAACGCCGACCGGACGGUGUUGCGACACCGGAAGACCCAUUUUCACGGAUCCGCUCACGGGUCAAACUGUCUGCUCCUGUCAGUACGAGAUUCUCGGCGGUUAUCAACGUCUGGGUGCGCUACCUGCUGCGCUCUCCAUGUACAGCGCGCCGUACGCGGCAGCGGCGGCCGCCGCCGCUUCCGAGGGCAUGGCAGCCUAUUUUCCGCCCUUGGGGGCCGAACAGGCACCUUUUUACACGCCUACGGCUGCUAGCCUCGAUCUGAAGGAAAAUCUUGGAGCAGGAGCCGCGGCAGCGUGGCCUUAUCCAUCCGUGUACCAUCCUUACGAUGCCGCCUUCGCCACCUACCCCUACAACGGUUAUGGGAUGGAUCUAAAUGGCGCCAGACGAAAAAACGCGACGCGGGAAACGACGAGUACGUUAAAGGCCUGGUUGAACGAUCAUAAGAAGAAUCCGUAUCCAACAAAGGGCGAGAAAAUCAUGCUGGCCAUUAUCACGAAGAUGACUCUGACUCAGGUGUCUACGUGGUUCGCGAAUGCGCGGAGACGUUUGAAAAAAGAGAACAAGAUGACAUGGGAGCCGAGGAAUAGGGUCGAGGACGAGGACAACAACAACGAAGACGACGACAGCGGAAGAAAGAGCGUGGACGAGAAAGACCGGCUAGACUCAAAGGAUUCGGGUACCGGAUCAAGCGAGGACGGAGAGCGACCGGCCCAUCGGAUGGACUCUCUUGGCACUAGCGGUGGGUCCACCGGUGUCCAAGGUAGAACAGAGAGCGAAUGGAGCGAGUCGCGAGCAGAUAGCGGUCCAGAUAGCCCGGAGUGCCUAUACGAUCAGAGGGAGCCUAGGCAUCCAUUACAGCUUCAGCAUCCCGCGUAUCUUGCGUCGUCUCAUGGUCGACUGCUGCGCCAUCCUUCCCCGGAAAGCACGCCGCCCAGUAGUCAUCUUCCACCGACCACGACCGCGUCGUCUACGGGCAGUGGGGUCACCACGAAACCGAGGAUCUGGUCUUUGGCCGACAUGGCGAGCAAAGACGGUGAACAGCAGAGUCCUACACCGACCGCGAUGACUGGUCUCUCGUCUCCUUAUAGCGGAAGCGGCGGAGGUGGUGGUGGAGUCGCAGGUGGAGGUGGCGGUGGCGGAAAGCUGGUGAGCCCUCUGGCGAGUCGUUUGCCACCUCAUCAUCCUCUUCAUCCAGCUAUGCACUCGGGAACGCAGUUCGUUCGGCACCCGGAUUUCUACCGAAACCUGUACGGUGCUUCUCACCUUGGAUCCGGAGAUAUGGCCUUGUUGGAAACUUAUUCGAGAACCUUGGGCGGUCUGAGUGGGGUGAUGCCUCCUUCCACGGCUCCCAGUAUACUGACGACCUCCGCGUCGGCUGUGUCAGCGAGUGGUAAUGUUAAAUCUUUUUCGAUCAACGGGGCUAGCGGUGUCCCCGGUGGAGGCGGCGUGCUUCUGACCACCGCGACUUCGGGUUUGUCUCCGUCGUCGUCGUCAACGACGUCCUCCGGUGGGUCCGAUCUGUCGCCCCAUCCGAGCGGAAGCCUACCGUCUACGCAAGAGCUCAAGUCACCGGGGCGAGUGUGAUUCCCCUGGACGAUGGACUAAUUACUAUUAAUCGAAGUUUCGAGGGACGGUUCGCCGCGCAGCCGUUCGCGCGUUGUGUGGUGUGUAUGACAAUAAUAAUCAGAGACUACAUUCUUGUAA